AUGAAAAUUUUUAAUACUAGGAUACAAAUAUUUUUAUUUAUUAUUGCUCUAUUGAUAGAUUAUUGUUAUGCUCGUACAUGUUCUACUUCAAACAUGACUCUGCUCGACCUCGAUCUUUUCCCAUUCUCAGGUAAGUUUUUAGAGUACAGUCCUCAAGAGUCAGGACAGUCGACAUAUGAUUACAUUCUCAGCUUUUUAGUUAACGAUGCUGCACAAGGUUUUGGUAAUUUCAAUGGAAUCACGGACAUAAAUUAUCAACUAGAUGUUGAUAAUGAUGAUUCUGAUAGCACUGGUACUUUAUUUGGUAACACUAUAGAUAUAUCAAAUUUCACAUUAAAAGCAUCUGUUUAUUUUUUCCCAAAAUUUGAUGGAUAUUAUAACUUUGAAAUCAGUGCGGAUGAUGCUGCUAUACUCUCUAUAAGAUCACAUUAUGAUUAUUAUUGUUGCCACAAUUAUACCAUAGAUGCAAGCGAUCCAAUAGGAUUCUAUAAAAAUCUUUAUGAAGAUUUUACAGAUCUUCUAACAGUAACAGGGUCGUCAGACGAUGUAACCACGAAAACCAUAUAUUUAACUGUUGGCACCCCAGUGCUUCUUGUAAUGACAUCCAUAAAUAGAUCAGGGGGCGCCAGCUAUAGCAUGACAAUCACUGACCCAAAUGGCGAUAUUAUAAGUGAUUUAACAGAUUAUUUAUAUUCUGGUGAUAACUAUUCCAUAACCUGUCAUACUGAAGUGGAGGUUCUGGAGACAGCAAGUGUGCAAUCUAGUACAACUUACUCAACGGCCUUUAACACUAUUGCCGCAGAUAUCUUUCAAGUUCCAGAUACUCAAACCACUUAUUAUGUUAAAGUACCUGAAACUAUGUCUUUGGGUUCUUCUUCAGAAGUUGUGUCAUCAUCUAGUAUCGUAUCAAGUUCAACUGUUAGUUCGGGAUCCCCAUCUAGUGUUGUAUCAAGUUCAACUAUUAGUUUGGAAUCCUUAACUGGUGUGAUAUCCAGCUCAACAACGGACUCUGUCUUGUCUUCAAGUAUGAGCGCUAGCUCAUCUGCAAGUAGCAACCCUUCAUCUAGCUCUGAAUUAAACUCAAGCGGUAGCCCAAGUCAAUCAUCAAGUACUGUGUCGGGUGUCACCACACUCUCAGAGCUAUCUUCAAGCUUAAUAUCAAGUUCCACUUCUGUCGCAUAUUCAAGUUUAAAUUCGGGAGAAUCUUCAAUUUUUACCUAUAGUUCAUCCGAUAACGGUGGUGAAAUAUCCAGUACCACCUCUAACACAACACUGUCAUCACAAUCAAGCUCUACUGGAAUUAUUAACGAAAUAUCUAGUUCACUAGCAGACUCUAGCACAAGUAGUGCAUACACUUACUCAAACUCCUCAACGGUCAAACCCACCACCUCAAUCACCUCUAAACCAAUUUCAGGAUCAUCUGAAGUUAUCCAGUCAACUGAGGGAGAUUCUAAUUUGGGCCAAAAGACUUCGGUUACUGUUCCUUGCACUUCUGAAAAUUGUCAAAACAUUUCUACACAAUCAACAGAAUAUAUUACUAAAACUUCCAUUAUUACAUCAACAAUUGUUACCGAAUGUUCAGUUACUGAAAAUGAUUCUACGGAACUUCUAUUAUCAACAUACGUGACCGAGAUUACUACAGUUGCUACAAUUACAAGUUGUCCAGGUGGUUGCUCAAUAAAAGCCUCGAAAACAACCGAUUCUAAAGCUUCUGGAGCCUCUGUGGUACAAGAGACAGAAGAAACCUCUGAAGCUCCAAUAAAGCAAGGAACCUCUACUGUCUCUAUGAAACAAGAAACCUCUAGAGCUCCAAGCAUUCAAGGAACAUCAAAAUUACAAGGAACCUCAAGUAGUUCUUACGUUGUUGAACUUAAUGAAAACAGUGCUACAAAGUCAAUGCUUGAUUUUGGCGCCAUUUUUAUUUCUAUAAUAUCUGGGUUCUUUGUUUUAUAG